AUGAGCUUCACCCCAGAGCCCUACGACCCCGUCACCGCGGCGACUUGGCUCGUCUGCGUGACGUGCGGCACGCAGUUCCCCACGGAUGAUCGCUCCAAGGUCAAGACGUGUCACAUUUGCGACGAUCCACGGCAAUUUGUCCCGGCGUCUGGUCAAUCCUUCUCAACUCUGGAGGAGCUGGGAAAGACUCACAGGAACGAAUUCACGCCUUGCCCCGCAGACUCUAGACUCACAUUCAUCUCAUCGACGCCAAAGCUCGCCAUCGGACAGCGCGCUAUUCUCAUUCAAACGCCAGAAGGCAAUAUACUGUGGGACUGCAUCUCCCUCCUCGACGAGGAGACCAUCUCCAGGAUCCAGGCCCUUGGGGGCUUGCGGGCGAUUGUGAUAAGCCACCCGCACUUUUACAGCACGCAUGUUCAGUGGGCGAGGGCAUUCGGGUGCCCCGUGUACCUGUCCGCCGAAGACGCCCGGUGGGCCACGAUGGCGUCGGCGCACCAGAUCCCGCUGGCCUCGACCGAGACGGAGGUUGUGAGCGGGGUGAAAGCCAUCAAGCUCGGGGGACACUUCCCCGGAUCCAUGGUUUUGCUCUUUGACGGGCGGUUGCUCAUCGCUGAUACGCUCAUGACCACAGCCUCGGGCGUUGGAGGCUGGGAGGUGGACGCCACUGGGACUUCACGGUCCAAGCCGCCGGGACUGAAUUCGUUUUCGUUUCUGUACAGCAUCCCCAAUUUCAUACCCCUCAACCUAGACGAAAUGUCUCGCAUGUGGGGGAUCUUGAAAAAGUACGAGUUCCGAGCUACGUAUGGGGGGUUCACGGGCAUGGACAUUGAGGAUGAGGGUGUCAAGGGGAGGGUGCUUGAGAGCAUGAAGAUUCAGGCGCGACACAUGGGAUAUGGGGAAAGUGAGUUUAUGCAAACCAAGCUGUAACGAAUAUAUGAAGGCUAUGAUGAUCCAUUCUGUCAGGGUAUCGAACAAAUGAAAAUGAUUUUGAACAGAAAAGACGACGAAAAAAAAACCUCCAAUUACCAACUCCGGCUUUGUUUCAACUUGCGAGAUGAUGCCCUCUAAAAUGUGCCUGUGCCCACCAUGCUCAAUGCGCCGUUAAAGCAAUUCCAAUGCACCCCAAUUUUCCGAUCCUAUGAAACUCCCUUGACAGUCUGAUUCAUUCCUUCUUCCAAAACUUCCACUUUUGCUUUGUCGCGCAAGAUGAUGGGCAUAGAAAGCGGUUGAGCAUCUCGCGGCCUUCGUUGGGGAGGUCAAUGACAGAUUCAUUGAGAGUAUCGAUGAUGAAACGGUUCGCUACGGCAAUCAGCAUUAAAUCACCAGCAUCAAGAGCCAUGUCUAUCCUCGUAGAGUUGUAGCAGCCGUACCGCAGCUGCAGCUCAAGCAUGCACCUCCAAAGAUCGCGCGUCUCAUCGGCCGACAUGCCCUCGCAGCUGCGUUCGGAGCAUGUGCUCGCCUGACGAGCCCGAUCCAUCGUCGUGGGACGGUCUUCGCGGUGGUGGUGGUGGUGCUUGGGCAUGGCGUCCUCGGGAGGGCUCCACAUGGCGGGGAGGGAGAGACGACCAGGGCGAUUCUCACGAUACAUUUUGGUGGUGUUUGUGUAAGUCGAGAGAGUUGAUGUGAAGAGUAUGGUGAGAGUAAAAGAGGUAAGAGUCGUAAAAGAUUUGUGAGACAGCAGGGCUGUCGAGAUUAUAUCGCAAUCAAAAUCAAUUAAUUGCCAGUAAAUAUAGCCGCGCAAUCGGCACUUGAAACUCGUCGCUUUUCUUGCUUUUCCUUCAAAGGUCAAGGCGUUUGAUGCGUUGUCUCUGUUGUGGUGGGUCGGAUCGUCAUUACACUGGCUCGCCCAAUAUGACAGGCAAGACCCUGUUAAUUAUGCGACCACAAUAAGGAGUAAAGUAAAGCUACUGAAAUAAAAAGAGACUGCGUCAAAGAAAGACGUCAGGUCCCUUUAUAUCUUGGGUGCCCAACGGCGAGUACCGAGAUGGGUGUGAGGGGGCCUCCCCCCCCCUUGGUG